AUGACUGGCUGGACAGGUGUCGUCGCCGCCGUAGCUCUCGUGCUCGCCGCGGUGACUUUGGGUCCUAUCGUCGCCAAGCUCCGCCAGCGUCGUCAGAGCCCGCGCCCUGAAGGGAUCCAGAUUAUCUCCGACCCUCUAGAUGCCAAAAUCCUCGCUUUCCAUGGCCUCGGAGCUCAUCCAGAACACACGGACGACUUCCCGGAGGCUAGGAUAGUAAGCUUUGCGCACAACUCCGACUGGCUCAUCGACGCGCCUGUCAAAACAGCCCAGACAAUCGGCCAUCGACUGCUCGACAAGCUGGCAGAGCAUCGGUCAGGUCGCCCCCGUGUUCCCAUCGUCUUCAUCGGCCACAGCUUCGGGGGCAUCAUAGUCAAGGAGGCCCUUUGUAAGCCCGGGGACGCGACAAGAGAGGUCGCCGACAGCAUAUGCGGCAUUAUUUUCCUCGGCACCCCCCAUAUUGGAUCGGUCUGA